UCAGGAUUACACAAGCCAGUUAUGUUGUGUUAUGUAGCUGUUACAUAGUUGCGCUAGCACUGUGCAGUACUGUGUAGUGGGAGUGUAUCAGCGCUGCUCCGGCCUCAAUGGUGUACUCCUCCAGGCUCCGUCUGGUCUGGCGUCAUUUCAUUAACAGUAGAAUGGGAGACAUGGCGUCGAAAGCCGAGAUGCCAACACCAGAGACAGCGCUGCCCGGCCGCACCGACAGCUUGAAAGUGUCCGGCAAACAUGAUGUGAACGGCAACAGAACGGUUCCACCAUUUCCAGAGGGGACAGAGUUGGCCAUGUUUGGGAUGGGCUGCUUCUGGGGUGCAGAGAGGAAGUUCUGGAGACAGAAAGGGGUUUACUCCACCCAAGUGGGUUACUCUGGAGGAUACACACCUAACCCCACCUAUGAGGAGGUCUGCACAGGUAGGACAGGCCAUGCUGAGGUGGUGAGAGUUGUCUACCAUCCAGACAAGAUCAGCUUUGCUAAGCUGCUCAAAGUCUUCUGGGAAAGCCACAACCCUACUCAAGGGAUGCGUCAAGGGAAUGAUGUUGGGACGACUUACCGCUCAGCCAUCUAUACCUUUACCCAGCAGCAGCUUGAGGAGGCACUGGCCUCCAGACAGGAGUACCAGAAGGUGUUAUCAGAGGAAGGCUUUGGACAGAUUACCACAGAGAUUGCUGAAGCCAAGCCGUUCUACUAUGCUGAGGACUAUCACCAACAGUAUCUCAGUAAAAACCCUGGUGGAUACUGUGGUCUUGGAGGGACCGGAGUCUCCUGUCCAAUAGGAAUUAAGAAUUAAGCCUAGAUGGUCAAAGGGAGCUAAAAACCACUCACUCCCUGACCAGUAUGGAUGCUGUGAUAAAACAAUUGGAUUGCUUCAAUACACCGAAUGCAUACAAGUCAUGGAUUUAUAGUAUAUUUGCAUUUUAUUUUUGUGCAACUAUUAUGAUUUAUUAAAGAUAUUACAUGUAGCAGCUGAAAUAAAGCACUCUCAAAAUAACAGUGCCAUCUUAGUGCAGUAACCAUCAAAAGAGCAUGGCGGAGAUGAUUGGUAGUCUGUCUAGCACUAAUGCUAUUGCUCGUGUCAGUGUUUCUUUGAUUGAAAUAUUCUCUAUAAUAGAACAUGUAGCACUCAGUAAAAGGUAACACAAAAUAUCGACCAGAAGGCACACAAUGCAAUUUCAUUGUCUUACAUACAUGAAAAAAAGAAAAUAUAACUGAUUUCUGCUAUUAUAAUGACUGUAGUGACUCAGGUUUUCAGAUGUCAAUGAAAAUUAAUUUUUGUUUUUCAGUUUGCUUCACAAUAAAGUUUUUUUUUUUGUUUGUUUUUUUUUUAAAUAAGUUGCUUUGAUAUUGAUACAGUGUGAAUCUAAAUUAAAAACUGACCUCAUAUCAGGGGUGCACCUA